AUUCCCUAUGGUCAUCCGUCCAUCUUUACGUCUGCAUUUCUGAACAUGACUGCCUGCGUCAUAUAUAAACCCCUUGGACUACUUAUAUGCAUAAUUUGUGAGAUUGGCAUCGCUACCAAGUGUCUCUCUGCCCACAGACAGAAGCAUCACGAUGUGCCUGCCCUUACCGCUGAACAGAUCUCGGUCUUGGAGGCCUACAAACUUCACGAGUCGGAUAGCUUCGAGGACUGGGACAACUCCAGCCCCGUUGUUCCCGGUAUUCCAUACCAAGAAGGAUAUAUGUGCACGUUUCAGGGCUGCUGCUUCGCCACUAUCUCAAAGCAGCGCAUCCAAGUCCAUGACAGGGACUUCCAUAACACCCGCAACAAUUGGAAGAGCUGCACUGUGCAGGCUUUCUAUGCCAGCAUGCAAAGGAAGUACCCAGUAGUCGUCCCUCACUCCCCUUCUGCUCUACAUGUAGCUCCGCCAGGGUCUCAAGACUUACUCGCCCAGGUAGAAUCAUUCUACGAGCAGCACCGCGCUCUGCACAAGGGACGCCUAGGACCGCCUAUGGACAGAGCCCACCUGAACCCUUUUCUGGCCAAGUAUAAUUGGCUAGAGGUGAUCAAGGACGAGUCGCCGUCUGAUAUCAUCGACUGGGUAAAGAUGCCCGAGAAAGAUGAAAUCGAGUUAAGCGGCAUCUUGCCGUGUUUUCAACGUUAUUUUGACGAGAUCAUCAAGCUGCUAACCGACGAGAAUGCAUUUCGAAAGACUCGUAUACUACGGGCGGUCAACACCACGAAAUCCAUCCAUGAACUCAAUAAUCGACCCUUCAAAGCACCACUUCGAAAGCAAACGGUCCAGCGCUACGUGCGAACGUUUGCAAAGCUGAUCGCAUUUGUGUCUCGAGCACGGGACGGUCGGCUCGAACGUACCAGCAAUUCUACGGCUCGAAAAGUGGCUUUGGGGAGCAAGAUACAGCGCUGUGCCGAGCAGCUUCUUACUGACAUGGAUCAAUGCCAGGCCGCUCAUUCAGCUGCCCAUAACCUAAUAAUGGCACUUUUGACAACCCAAUAUCCGCCCUCAACGCCCUUGGAUUGUCCAGGCAGGCUCUUUCUCAUCUUCAGCUGCGUCAAGCUGUCCGGUCAAAUACUGGAUCCUAUCCACAUAAACCCAUUUUUGAGCGAGUUGAGAUGGUGUUUGAGAGCCGCAGGUUUCUAUCAAAUUUGUCUGUUGUUCCAAAAUGCUCCCGCUUUUGUUGUGGAAAACAAUCCGCAGGCUUUGAUUGAAGAAGUUCACAGGUGGCUGCGAGAAGAUUGUCUGAAUUUUUUCGGCGACCUGCUGGAGAUAGGACAUUUUCUCUCGUUUGUUACGGCCAACACGUCCCUGCUUCCCCGAAUGAUGUGGGCAGAUCUUGAAGGCUCUGCUCUCAGUUUUGAUGGUCGACUUAUUCCCAUCGCCAACUUCGUAAACCUGUACCGCAACCUCAUGGAGGAGACAAAGGUUCAGCUGUAUGAAGUUGUUCUCCUCGGCGCUUCUUUACCAAACAUUGAGCAGGAGCACAUUCAUGACGAUUUGAGCAACCUUGAACCGGGCUACUCGUUCCUAUCCGACAGAAGGAACCAGUUUUGUGUACAUGGAUCAGCGUUGAUGAAAGAGAUGACGUCGACGUUCUCGGGGCGUUUUGUCGUGUCUCACAAUUCUAGUGGUGUGGUGUGGAACCUUGGCCAAAUCAGGCGCUGGAUAGGGGAUUGCGAGGACUUUCUUCAGAAGGUUUUUCUUCUCUAUCAUUUGGGUUCUGGACAGCCUGCUCGAGGCACUGAGCUGGCCGUCAUGGCCUGGCAAAACACCAACCUUCACCCUAGAAACGUCUACUGGUUUUCUGGCCAUUUGAACUUCGUAUCACGCUAUAACAAGACUCAGACCAACCAGGAGAAGGAGCGGGUCAUUUCGCGGAGCAUGCCUCCGGAAGCUGCUCGGUUGAUGAUAGCGUACCUCACGUUCGUCCCAAAGGUUCUGACCACUUUUGUCGCAUUUCCAAACCACUUCCAGUUUUCUGCUGGAUAUGAAGAUCAUCUAUUCAACGGGCUGCAUGGGCCAUGGGAUUCGGACGAUUUCUCUGACAUCCUUAUCGCCCAUACCGGUAGACCUGUAUCCGAGGGUGGAUUGGGUCAUCCCAUGGGCCUGGCCGAUAUCCGCCAUCUUCUCAUUGGCGUUAUGCGCAAGAACUGCAAACGCCUUGUAGCUGAUUUGGAUCUGGAAUAUUAUUUUGACGAACAGAGUGGACACCAGGGAAGUGUUGCAAGGGGCUACGCGGUUGACCACGCAUAUGUACAAUCCGUCUCAAGCGAGCACCUGCAAAAGUUUGUGGCCCUUAGCUGCGCUCAUCACGGCCUUCUCUUCCCUCUGGCAACCCCAGCUAUUCCCGCAUCUCCUCCUGUUUUAUCCUAUGUUAACACGCAGCAGAUUGACUUUAACUCUUUCUCCCGGGUUAUCUCACCCUAUCUCAGCAUAUCCAUGCUCCCGAUCAUCCAUCGCGCCAUUGCUGAUGGCAUGGCUGUCUGCUCUCCCUUCUCAAGACCCUCUUUGAAUACCCCACCCAUCGACCAAUUGCCCGUAGGCCCGGCUGCAAAUAAGAACCUCCCGUGUAUUAGUUCCAGUCGAUUCAGGGACCUCCGGGCUCUCAUGGGUCCCCAGGCAAUGUUUCAAUCUCUAGAACAGGCAGAAGCGGUGGAGGUUCUCAUGAGACGGGAGGUGCAUGCCGUCAUUAUGCUGGGUUUGAGAGAGGAUAGGAGCUUAUUUUAUUUGCUCCCUGCGGUCUGUCCAGAGGAAGUCGGUCUCAUCUCAGUUGUCGUGCUGCCAGGAUUAGAGCCCAUUCGAGAGCUCAAGGCUGAAUUCGAAAGGAAAGACCUUUCUGCGGUGAUCUGGUCCCCAGGACUCGGCAAUCACAGUGCGCGAGCUAUAUUGGUCAGUUACGAGAGCCUCGAGAGUACGAGCUUCUGGACCUUCUUGGAGAAUGCAAAGGGAUCUCUUUCGAGGAUAAUCGUCGGUCAAGCAGAAUACGCUUUUCAAGCUUGGGAAUAUCAGUGUGCGAUAGCUAAUUGCGAGCGUCUCCAGCGACUGAGAUUGCCUGUUAUCCUGCUCACUUACGCCAUAGCCCUAACAGCUACCCCAAAGCUCCUGGCAUAUUUCAAAAUGGAUCCUCUUGUGGCCCAGCUCUGUCGUGGUCGGACGGAUCUUCGGAAUAUUCAUUUUUCUGCUUUUGAGGCUCCUCUGAGUAACGAUCUCGAAGGCCCGUUGUCAGCCUGUCUCAAUAAUAGCCUCCAGGAUCUCACGACGGAGACAGAACUAAUUCUUGUUAUAUGCCCCACCGAAGUCGAGGCGGACCGAAUGGCAACAUUAUUUUCCAAAGAUGUCUUCCACGUCCACCUGGAUCAGGACCGCAAGGCUGCCGUACUUCAAGCCUGGAAGGCAUCACGCGGCGACCGCCGUAUUCUCUUCUCCUCCGUUGCCCUUCCGCUAAACCUCAAUCCUACACAUAUCCGGGUAGUGAUUCACUACCACGAACCAUCCAACUUCAUAUGCUAUGCCCAUGCACUGUCUUUGCUACGUAGCGAUGACAGGCCCAGUUACAGCUUUGUCUUUUUCACUUCGGAGCUUCGGCCAAAGGCUUGGGAUGGGGACGAGCCUGAGGCUCAACUAAUGGGUGCCGGUGAUGUUGGCAGGUGUUUGCUGAAAAAGAUAUGCCGACGCUUCGCCUUAAGUUCGUUCUUUGGCUUCGAAGACAGUGGCCGCUGCAUAGACAUCACUAGUUGCCAAAUCUGUGAUGUCUGCGAGGAGAAACUGCAGCCACUUGACGACGUAAGUACUAAACUAUAUAUUUUCGUACGGCUGAGCGAAUUGAUGUACGUUACCUAG